AUGACGCAGACGGAGGGGGCGUGGGUGUCACUGAGACUGUGGAACGUCGAGCAGAGAUCCUUGCUGGCUUGGAGCCUGUCGGAGGCGGUGCGGGGAGCGGCGGAAACCUCCACACCCUCAACAGCUCCCACUACUACCCCCGCCCUCACGUACGCCUCUGUUGCCGCCUCUGCUGCCGCCCCUCAGGUAGUUGGCUUCCCCUCUCUCACCGACCCCGUCACGUCGUCUUCUGCAUCUCCCGCACGCAUCACGUUGCGCCGAGCCACCAUCGCCACCACUGAACCAGCUGCUUCCCCCGCCUCGACACCCUCAACAGCUCCCACUACUGCCCCCGCCCUCACGUACGCCUCUGUUGCCGCCUCUGCUGCCGCCCCUCAGGUGGUUGGCUUCCCCUCUCUCACCGACCCCGUCGCUUCGUCUUCUGCAUCUCCCGCACGCAUCACGUCGCGCCGAGACACCAUCGCCACCACUGAACCAGCUGCUUCUCCCGGUGCCUCCACUACGCCACAGGGAUCUGCCACCCGCCACCUCCCUCUCCUCCCCGUCCCUCUCCCCUCCUCCCAGCCUCCAGUCUCCAAAAAACCCCAAAAGCGCGUCCUUACCGACUCUGCUCCCGCCACUUCCCACAAAAAAUCAACACCACCUCCCCCUCCCCCUGCCGUCACCAUGGACACCACCCCUCCUCCUGCCACCGCUACCUUGGCCCCCACCCUCCACACCUUUGUCCUGUCAACUCCCGAUCCUAAGUUCCUCGACGCUCGUACCCUCACCAAGGAAAUAUGA